GUUUUAACAAGUGGACAUGAGGGAGAAUCUAGAAUCAUCAGUGUUGAGGAUGGACUUUUUGAUGAACUGGAGGAGGACAAUGAAAUUGAAGACAAAAAUGAUGAUAAUGAACAUGGUAUAACUGAGGUUGAUGAAGAGAUUAAUAAAUCCACUUUUGGUGAUAAAGGUCUGACCUCAGAUGUUCCAGAUAUCAUGCAGCUUCCAGGGUUUGUUCAUGAGGAUCAGACAUUGAAAGGAGACUUGGAACAGGAUGAGGAGGACAUUGAGAUCACUCUGAAGUCCAGAAGUAAAAGACCUAUCACAUCACCUGAGAAACUGGCGGCUGUUCGCAGAGAUACUGAAAUGUCAUUUGGCUUUGAUGACGAGGCAGCCAAUGACAGCAGUUUGCAUAAAGAGACUAAUAAAAGGGGAAAGCGUGCUGAAGAUAAAGACAGAUCUGAAAAAGAGACUCCUCCGGAACCAGCAAGGCGAAGGGGUAGACCGUCAAAAUCUAAAAAUGAUUCGAUAGUAUCUGAGGAAUCUUCUGCCCCAAGGAAAGGGAGAGGUUCGAAGAAAGAAAGUGGUAUAGUAGAUGCUGAAACUCCAUCUCAACCUUCGAAGAAACGUUCAGCCAGGGCUUCAACAAAUGAUAUUGAUUCUGCUGAAGAUGAAGCUGAAGACAAGGAGUCAGAACAAACAAAUUUUAAACGCAGAAAAGUGAAGCCACCUCUGAGAUAUGGAGAAGAUUCAUCUCCGUCAGUUAAAACAAAUAAAGCUAAAAGUGUCAGUAAAAGUGACAAACAAGCUAGUAAAGGAAAGAAUACCAUAGAUCGUGAAGAAGUGGAAGCUUCUACAGUUGUCAUAAAAUCAGAAGAUUCAUCAAGCCUAGUGGGAAAAGCACGCUUAAAGGAACCAGAAAAAGAAGUAGUGCUUCAGAAAAAAAGAGGGAGACCACCAAGGAAGGAGGCUGAAAUAGAAGAGACAAAACAAAAUAAAGAAAAAGAGAAAAAACCAACAGCAAGACAAGCUGUUAAAGAUGUUGCUGCAGUUAGUUUCGCAAGUAAACCAGUUGCCCCAAAAGAGAAAAACUUAGCAACACCAAAGUUCAAAGGUGGUCGGGGGCAACAAAAGAAGAAUGAUGAUCAUGAUACUGAGGAAGAAGAAGAAGAACAUAUAGUAUUGCCAGCUCGAAGAGGGCGUCCUCCAAAAUCUCCUGCUGCAGCUCCUGAACCUAAUAGUAGAAGAGGGACAAAUAUUGUACAGGUUACAGAUUACCUGGAAGAAGAGGAGGAGGAGGAGGAAGAAGAGGAUGAGGACGAUUUUGAUGAAAUGGAGGAGGAGGAAGACAGUGAAGAAGAGUAUACACCUGUAUUGAAUGCAAGGAGAAAGAUGAUCUCCUCUGAUGUUAGACGUAAGCGACCAAGAUCUCAGGCUGAGGUGGUGAUUGUCACUCCUGGACUGGCAAAUGUGAAACAGGAACUUGAGGAAGAGGAGGAGGAAGAAGGAAUUGUUGUCAAUCACUUCAUCCCUGCUUCUGAGAAUGCAGGUAGCCAGCACAUAACCAGCUUAGAUGACAGCCAGGUAGGAGAGGAAGAGGUGGUGGUCCGCGAAACUGGAGAUAAUUCCUUAAGUGAUAACUGUAUGUCCACCCAGACACCAAACUUUGAUGAUUUUGUGGAAGUGGAAACCAUCUUUGAGACAGCAACUCGGCGCUCGGUACAAACCCAGACAGACCCUCGGCUGAAGAAGAAGAAGUUUGGCCUGAUCAGCCAAGACACUGGCAUUGAUGCUGUAGAUUUUGAUGACUAUGAGUAUGAGCUUUUUCAGCGCCACCGCAAGAAAGAAGAUGAUUAUGGUCUGUUUGAAGAUGGGGAACAUAGGAGAAAGUCCAUUCGUCGCAACACAGAGGAGGCCUUGAAAUGUCCUUUCUGUGAAAAGGCAUUUAUUGGUUUGGUUAAACACAUCAAGGGCAAGCACAGAGACGAGCACAGUUAUGAAGAGGAGAUGAGGAACGCCAAAUGGAGGGAACGAAUCAUGAAGGUGUCAACCAUUGGCAUUGAUGUGUCUGGAGAGACUUGUACUGAGUGUGGCAAAGUCACCAAAAAUAUGAAGAGGCACAUGGAGCUACACCAACAAAAUCGCAUGCAAAUACCUUGCCCUAUCUGCUCCAAGAUUGUGCUGAAGACUGGCAUGAGUUCUCACAUGAGGACCGUCCACUCUGGAAGGAAACCUUACAAAUGUCCCCACUGUGAAUAUGCAUCAGCUUUUAGGGGUAAUCUCAACACUCAUAUUAAGGGCAUGCAUUUGCAUACUCGUCAGUAUUUGUGCAAUACAUGCAAAGCAGCUUUCAAAACACUCGGAGCUUUGAUUGGACACACCAAGCGGGUGCAUGAAAAUUGGAGGUCACCAAAUCAGAAGAUUUUUAUAUGCUCCGUGUGUGAGAAGAGAUUUACCAAGAAAUACCACGUUGACCGGCACAUGUUGAUUCAUACAGGAGAGAAGCCUCACAAGUGUACGGACUGCGGCAGAUGCUUCAACAAUAAAUCUAAUCUUAUGUCUCAUAUACAGCUGGUGCACAAGAAGCUGACUCCAUACCUGUGUGAUUUAUGUCAUGAAACUUUCAAGCGCAAGAAGCUGCUGUUAGAGCAUAUCGGCAAGAUUCAUGUCGCACAUGGGGAGGCAGCAAAAGCUAUGCAGGCAUACAUCCGUAAAAUUGAGGAGACUGGGGAUGAUGAUGAUGAUGAGUUGGGUCAGCACACAAUCACCAUCGCUCCCGCAGGCUCAUCACAUCAUGAUGCAGAUGAUGGAACUACAACGGUUUAUGCCCAGGUUGCAGACGGAACUUACCAGGCCAUGGUGACAGACUCAUCUCAGGUACUGCAUGGCCAGACUUUCACCACACUGCAGACAGACGGAGGGGAGGAGACCAUUAUUAUUGUUCAGGCGGCAGAUCCAGAUGAAGUGACCCAUGCCAUUGUUGAACAAGAUGGCAAUGUCCAGUUUGCCUUGCAGGCAAGUGAUAAUGGACCAGCUGAUGGUGGCACCAGCUUUAUCACAAUGUGA